AGCCGCUGGAUCCUGGGCGAGUUUCUCCGCAAUAAACACCGUGGUUCAUAGUAGAGACUGACUGUCGAGCAGAGCAACAGGAAGGGGAUCCAGAUCCUGUUCCAGUCACCGAUGUGAGGAUUGAUCCACCGGACUGCAGGUGCGCACAGUUGGUGUUUACUCGGAUCACCGGGUCUACAGCUGGACAUGGAUUACUGGUGUCCGUCUUCACCUCUCUGGAUUUAAGUCAGGACGCAGCUCGGCCACGCGCCUCCUUCCUUCCGCGUCCCGCUCCCCGGUGUGACACGACAGCGCCGAGAACAGGUGGAUCCUGUUCCUCCCUUUAACUUUUGCGCCGCUCCACAUCCACCCUCCACCUUUAUGGGGAACCAGGUGGAGAAGCUAACGCACUUGAAUUACGCGGAGGUGCCCACGUCGGACCCGAACGGCUUCGACCCGGACGACGACGGACCGCGCAUCGGCGUCUCUUACAUCUUCUCCAACGACGACGAUGACGACCAGGACGACCACAUGGACCACUUCCCGGCCGACAGCCGCGCGGUGAACCACGAGGAGAAGCCCUUCGACCCCCGGGACGAGCUGGAGUGCGCGAUCUACUACCGGGAGGAGUGCGCCUACGAGCGCAGCUCCGGGGCCGCCGCGCACUCCGCCGAAAGUCUGCUGAACAAGUGCAGACCGGGGGACCUGCUGGAGUUCGUGGCCACCGGGCAGUACCCGCACUGGGCCGUGUACAUCGGGGACUUCCAGGUGGUCCACCUGCACCGCGCCGAGAUCAAGAACAACUUCCUGACGGACGUGAGCCAGGGCAAGAGGGGCAGGAUCGUGAACGGCUUGUACCGGUACCGCGCGCUCCCGCCCGAGGUGAUCGUGCGCAACGCCCUGGACCACGUCGGCUCCAGGGACAGAGAGCUGUACUGGAGGAACUCCGAGUGCUUCGCCGCUUGGUGUCGUUUUGGCAAGCGGGAGUUCAAAAUCGGGGGGGAGAUACGGAUCGGGAAGCAGCCGUACAGGUUGAAACUGAUGUUUUCGGAGAAGAAGAGUCACGUCCUGGAGUUCCAGAGCCUGGAGGACGUGAUCAUGGAAAAGAGGAGGAACGAUCAAAUCGGCAAAGACGCCGUAAUGCAGGAGCUGGCCAAUCAUUUGAAUGCAACGCACGAGAUUAAAGAGGAGCGCUUUGGCGACUGACUGAAGGCUGGGAGCAUCUGGGAGCUCCGGGGAAAGAAAGUGCCGGUGAGGGAGAGCUGGUGCUCCCAAAGAGCCUCUCAUAAGGCUGAGGGCACGUGCCACUCUGCCAGCUGAUGUGGCCCACCUGCUCAGAGGAAGUUUUGAAAGUUAAGUUUAAUUUGUUCCUCUCAGCAAAGAGAACUCCUGGCACCCUCAAAUGGAAUAGAAAAGAAGAUCAGACGGGUCAAACCAAAAUGCAUAAUCCCACACAUCCCCUUAAGAAUAUGAAAUCCUCACACCCAACUCCUGGAUUAGAGACUUCUGACAGGUGUGUUUGCAUUAGAGCUGCACCUGCAGUGUGAUCGUGAGGAUGAAUCCAAACUCUUCGUGAUUAUUUUUCUAUCUCGAUGAAUUUUUUGCACAGAGGAGCAGAACCUGUCCUUUUACUUGUGUCUGUCCAGGUGACUGAAAGUGUUUGCUCCUGUAUAUCUCAGGUGUCGGAGACUAAUACAGCAUGGAAGAUAGAGAUUUAUGUGCUUUUAUUGUCUCAACCUCAAAUCUCUCCCUCUGUUGCUUUAUAUCGACUCAUCACACAGCUUUACUCUUGAAAUACUUUGUGGACACCAUAAACUGUGCACUUUUAUUGAUUCACCCAUUCCAACAGUUUAUUUUUUGUAAUAGAAAAAGAUGUUUGUAUGAAGGAUUAUUGAAAUAAAUAUAUAUAUUUGAAGAGUAAGUUUUAUUUUUUUUG